ACCAUGGAGGUUCUCUACAAACUAGUAGUGCUCUGCGCACUGCUAUUCACCGCAACGACCCAUGCGACAGCUGAAUCUGUUCAACCGAAUGAUAUCAGCAAUAGGCUGAGCAUACAAAAUUUACUUUUCGAUGCCAUUGUUGGAGACCUGCAAAUGCCCGAAUUGGGUGCCAUUAACAGCUUGGAUCAAUGUGCGGCCGUUUACACGGUCAAAAAUGUGGAGAUAUUGAUGAAUGCGGGCAGCAAACUGCGUCAAUGCAGCAAUGUGGAUCAAGCCGACCUGCAGAGCUAUUUGCAACAGGAGAACUCAGCAGGAGUAAAGGCUGCCUUUCAGCAGCAGAUGCUCGGCUGUAGCACGCGCAGCUGCUAUACGGAUUCGGUCAUGAAUCUGUUUGCUGAUGUGCGUCCCAUGCAUAAACAUUUCUGGCAGACGCAACGUUGUAUUACUCACGAAAUUAAGAGAACUCUGCGUGAACUGGAAAAGUCAUCUGUUAGCCUGGAAAAUUGCAUUUCUCAGGUUUUUGGACCCACUGGAAAUCCAAGCCCACCAAGCUGGAACUGGACAACAGCAAGCCCACCAAGCUGGAACUGGACAACACCAAGCCAACCAAGCUGGAACUGGACAACUCCAAGUCCACCAAGCUGGAACUGGACAACUCCAAGUCCACCAAGCUGGAACUGGACAACUCCAAGUCCACCAAGCUGGAACUGGACAACUCCAAGUCCACCAAGCUGGAACUGGACAACUCCAAGCCCACCAAGCUGGAACUGGACAACACCAAGCCCACCAAGCUGGAACUGGACAACCACGGGCAACCCAAACUGGAACUGGACCACCACAGGCCCACCAAGCUGGAACUGGACCACAACUGGCCCACCAAGCUGGAACUGGACCACCACAGCACCACCAAACUGGAACUGGACAACCACGGGCAACCCAAGCUGGAACUGGACCACAACAGCCCCACCAAGCUGGAAUUGGACCACUACAGAGCCACCAAACUGGAACUGGACCACCACAGCACCACCUAACUGGAACUGGACAACCACGGGCAACCCAAGCUGGAACUGGACUACCACAGCCCCACCAAACUGGAAUUGGACAACCACAGGCAAUCCAAGCUGGAACUGGACAACCACAGGCAAUCCAAACUGGAACUGGACCACCACAGCCCCACCAAAUUGGAACUGGACAACCACGGGCAACCCAAGCUGGAAUUGGACCACUACAGAGCCACCAAGCUGGAACUGGACCACCACAGCACCACCAAACUGGAACUGGACUACCACGGGAAACCCCAACUGGAACUGGACAACCACAGGCAAUCCAAGCUGGAACUGGACAACCACUGGCAAUCCAAACUGGAACUGGACCACCACAGCCCCACCAAAUUGGAACUGGACAACCACGGGCAACCCAAGCUGGAAUUGGACCACUACAGAGCCACCAAGCUGGAACUGGACCACCACAGCACCACCAAACUGGAACUGGACAACCACGGGCAACCCAAGCUGGAAUUGGACCACUACAGAGCCACCAAGCUGGAACUGGACCACCACAGCACCACCAAACUGGAACUGGACUACCACGGGAAACCCAAACUGGAACUGGACAACCACGGGCAACCCAAACUGGAACUGGACCACCACGGGCAACCCAAGCUGGAACUGGACAACCACGGGAAACCCCAACUGGAACUGGACAACCACUGGCAAUCCAAACUGGAACUGGACCACCACGGGCAACCCAAGCUGGAACUGGACUACCACGGGAAACCCCAACUGGAACUGGACAACCACUGGCAAUCCAAACUGGAACUGGACCACCACGGGCAACCCAAGCUGGAACUGGACUACCACGGGAAACCCCAACUGGAACUGGACAACCACAGGCAAUCCAAACUGGAACUGGACCACCACAGCCCUACCAAACUGGAACUGGACAACCACGGGCAACCCAAGCUGGAACUGGACCACCACGAACCCACCAAACUGGAACAUUACAACAUUGGGCCCCAAUUGGAAUAGGACGAGUCCCACACCCGAAUGGAAUAACACUACGCCCAGCUGGAAUGUGACCACUGAGGCACCGGCUGCUACCACAACCCAAGGUUGGUGGGACAAGCUUUUGCAUGAUCUUGGACUCUAAAUGGUGCCAUAAGGUGCCGUUGAUGGGACGGCAACACUUUUAACUUAAAUGUUCAGCAAACUGAAUAAUAAAUUUAUCAGCAUUGAAAU